AUUCUUCAAGGCCUCAUACCGCUGUCCUAAUUUGAUAGGCGAGUCAAAUUUACAAAAGCUGCUCGUGGAGCUUUCUCUGGUCUGGUGUGUGUAAAAUGGGAUGCCACUAAUUUUCGAUCAAUGCUUCAAGACGGCAUCAUCUUCAAUCAAGCACUCGAUUAACCUACUUGGCCUACCAAUACUCGACUCGCAUUUUUUCUUUCUUUCUUUUUUACAAGAGUUACCAAACACAAGACAGCAGGGCGGAUUACAGCACUCCAAAGACAUAAACAAUCCACUGGCUCUAUUGUUUACUGAGAGUUGGUACAACAGGUUUAUGUGGGAUCUUCCCUGUCAGUGGAACGAAGAACAAGGAAUCGGGGAUUUCCAUCUUUGUCCGUGAUCAAUCGGAAAUUAUAUAAGACAAACUCAUCGAAGAGCUUAUCAACAACUACUCUGAUUCUUCCGCACUGAGAACUGCCAAACAGGGCAUUGGUUGGAUCUUUCAACAUGCCACAAAAAGGAAGAUAUUAACUAGUGCGAAGCAGAUGAGAGUCUUUAAUUUGUUUUAAGCGGACAGUCAACACUGUUAUCAGAAUACUAUAACCGAGCCACGUGGGAGUCUGGCGUAGCCUCCAUGAUGCAAAACAAGGUGUAUGACAUCUGUAACGAAGGUCACAGCGGAGUGAACCAGCUUGGCGGGGUAUUCGUUAACGGCAGACCGCUACCAGACUCUACCAGACAGAAGAUAGUGGAGCUCGCCCACAGCGGUGCACGACCGUGUGACAUAUCCAGGAUUUUGCAGACCCAUGCCGAUGCAAAAGUGCUGGACAAUGAAAACGUGUCGAACGGGUGUGUGAGUAAAAUCCUGGGCAGAUACUAUGAAACAGGCUCCAUCAGACCUAGAGCAAUCGGUGGAAGUAAACCAAGAGUAGCAACUCCCGAGGUGGUCGGCAAAAUUGCCCAGUAUAAGAGGGAGUGCCCGUCUAUCUUCGCCUGGGAAAUCCGAGACAGACUGCUAUCAGAAGGGACCUGUACGAACGAUAAUAUACCCAGUGUGUCGUCGAUAAACAGAGUACUGCGCAACCUGGCUAGCGAAAAGCAACAGAUGGGCGCAGAUGGCAUGUAUGAGAAGCUGAGAAUGCUGAACGGUCAGACGGGGACAUGGGGGACCCGACCGGGCUGGUACCCCGGAACCUCCGUGCCAGGACAGCCCAAUCAAGAUGGGUGCCAACAGUCUGAUGGGGGAGGGGAGAACACUAACUCGAUAAGUUCAAAUGGGGAGGAUUCAGAGGAGACGCAAAUGAGGCUCCAGCUAAAGCGAAAAUUGCAACGGAAUCGCACAUCAUUUACACAGGAGCAGAUCGAAGCACUUGAGAAAGAGUUUGAACGAACACAUUAUCCCGACGUCUUUGCCAGGGAACGGCUUGCAGCCAAAAUCGACCUCCCUGAAGCCAGAAUACAGGUGUGGUUCUCAAACCGAAGAGCGAAGUGGCGACGCGAGGAGAAGCUCCGUAACCAGAGACGGCAAGCCAGCAACUCCUCCAGUCACAUACCAAUCAGUAGCAGCUUCAAUACCAGCGUCUAUCAGCCUAUACCACAGCCCACGACGCCGGUAUCCUUCACAUCAGGGUCUAUGUUGGGGAGACCAGACACAGCGCUCACAAACACAUACAGUGCCCUGCCACCCAUGCCAAGCUUCACAAUGGCCAAUAACCUGCCUAUGCAAGCUCCCAGCCAGACCUCGUCCUACUCUUGCAUGUUACCCACCAGUCCGUCAGUAAAUGGCCGAAGCUACGACACGUACACCCCCCCUCAUAUGCAGGCACAUAUGAACAGCCAAGCAAUGGGCACAUCAGGCACCACCUCAACAGGUCUUAUCUCUCCAGGAGUAUCAGUCCCAGUCCAAGUGCCAGGCAGUGAACCGGACAUGUCUCAGUACUGGCCUAGACUACAAUAAGGAGGGUCCCUUCCCCUUGCCACCCCACCCUCCUGUGCCGUUUCGCUGCAAGACGGCAGUGUUGUGGCAGUAUUUUACUCCAGAGGAGAGGAGAAGAGAAAUAAGACUCUUGAGGACAUUCUUUUUUUUCUACUGGGAUUGUGCCAUUCUCUAUGUAUCUUUGGAUAUGAAGACUCAACGAAGGAAAAAAGACAAACAAACUAAUAUGAGAAAAAAAAACUCCUGUAAAGUGCCCUGUGUUAUAAAUGGAACAUAAAAUCUGUUUUCAGUUCCCAACUUGUCAUUUUUUGAUGUAUUUGUAAAUGGGCAAUUGUAUGUUAAGACAAGAAAAAAGAACAACAAUGGAUGGACUAUCCAACUAAGUCGGUCUGACAGCUGUUGAGGAGAACCUUUUUGGGAGGAAGACGUUCUGCCAUGCAUAAUUUUAUCAGCUUAUAUCAAACAUCUCUGCCAUUGUGUUUACCGCGCUUGGAAUCGGGAGGGAAAACACGCAGUGCCAUUCGGUGGCAUUGUCGGAGCCACAUUACACAGUCGUGUAAAAAAGGUCCAUCUAUCAGUUCUUUUCCAAAGCUUGCUGGCAGACGCAAGGAGUAUGUGGAAUGCAUUCAUUGCUGAGGGGGAAAUUCAUAGCUAAAAAAGUCAAAAGAAUGAGAAAAAAAUGUAGAUUGUGUCUUCAAUAUAUUUCAAUUUGUUUAUGUUGAAAUGCGAAAUGUAAGUAUUUGUCUUCCCUAGGAGUCUCCCAGAACAAUUUCUAUAAUAAAGUUAAUUUCAUUUAUAAUUCUCAGAAUACUUCAGAAAUGUUCAUACAUAUUUACCAUAACUAGAUUCUUGCAGCCAGUUCGAGGUUGAUUGGUUUAAAACACAAUCUAAAGAUUAUGCUUUUAGGCCCGAAGAAGCAACCUUUGGCAAAUGUUUUGACUUGAGUGUUUGCAAAUUGUUUACAUCUGGACAUAUCAGAUACAAUUGAUUGUUGAUUGUAAAACCAGACCAAAGCCUUUGUAUGUCACAUGACACAAAUUUUAUUUGCAUUUUGAUGUGUUGUUCUGCCAAAUCUGUAGAUAUUUUAAGUGUUUUACAUCAGCAAGGAAUAGACCUUAAUGUGGAUUAUUACUCUUAUUUAUGAAAACAAGACGUCACAAGCUGCAGUGAACCAUUGCAUUGCUUUU